UCAAAAACAAAGGAUAGGUUAUAUUUCAUCAUCUUCAUAAAUAUAUUAUUUAUUUCAUUAAUUGAUGAAUGAAAAUUAAGACUAACAAUAAAAUGCCUCCAUCAGAAGGUCCGGCUAAGGAACUCGAUGAGAAAUGCGAGGAACUUAUUGUUAAAUAUGUCUCGGACAUUAGAAGUGGAAAGUUAGAGGGAUCUUUAAAUAUAGCAAUGGCUACAGUUUCACUCUUGGAGCAGAUUAUAAGUGAAUCCCAGAACCCUACUGCCUUUGAGCUAUGCAGCACAAUCCGCGCAGUGGGGCGUCAGAUUGUACGCGCGCUGCCGCAAGAGCUGGCCGCAACUAACAUGGUGCGUCGUGUGCUGCGCGCCAUACGCGACGAACAACCGUCUAACGCUAAUCAGAGUGGUGAAGGAGCGGGCGAGUCCCUGCAGCGGCUGGUGCUGGCGCCGCACUCUCGCGCAGCGCCCGCCGACACCAAGGACCUCAUUGAGCCAGUCAGAGAUUUCAUCGCUGAGCUGCGAGGCGAGCUGGACUCGAGCACUCAGUCGGUGUGCGGACAAGCUCGCGAGCAUGUGCACGCGGAUGAGUUGGUGCUGACGUACGGCGCCAGCAGGCUCGUCGAGCGCUUCCUGCGCGCCGCCGCCCCCCGCAGGUACCGUCUGCUGCUCGCCGAGAGUUCUGAUGUUAAACAGAGCCACGCGAUGGCUGCGCGGUUGAGCGCGGCGGGGGUCAACGUGACGCUGGUCAGCGCGGCCGCCGUCACCGCGCUCAUGUCGCGUGUUAACAAGGUUGUGUUGGGGGCGCGCGCUGCGCUGGCGGGGGGCGCGGCGCUGGCUCGGGUCGGCGCACACUCAGUCACUCUCGCCGCGCAACACUACAGCGUGCCGGUGCUGGCGCUAGCGCCGCUGUACAAGUUGUCUCCGCUGCACGCCUGCGAGCAACAUCACUUCAAUGUGCCCGACUCCGCGCACUCCGCGCUGCCCUACCAGAGCAGUGAGAGUGCAACAGCACGUGUGGUGGCGCCGCGCUACGACUUCAUACCACCAAACCACAUCACUCUCUUCAUCACCAAUCUCGGAGGGAGUUCCCCGUCGUACAUCUACCGCUUGUUGUCUGAACUGUACGACCCCAGCGACUAUCAGCUGUAGUACUGCUAGUACUAUUAUGUAAC